AUGUCGAAAACAUUCACCAAGGACGACGUCGCGUCGCAUGGGAAAGGCGAUGGCCUCUGGAUCGUGAUCGACGAGGACGUCUACGACGUGACAAAGUUUCAAGACGAGCAUCCUGAGUAUGUCACGCUCGGUGUUGCCACCGCGAAGGCCGAUAUUGACUUUGCGCGUCUAGUUCUCCAACGGGUUGCCGGCAAGGAUGCGUCGAAACAGUUUUGGAAGUACCACAAUGAAGGGAUUUUGAAGAAGUACAAGGGCCAGCUGCAAAUUGGUUCCCUGGAUACGAAGAAGGCUGCCCCGGCACCGGCACCGGCACCGGUCCCUAAGAAGGCCGAUCCCAAACCGGCUCCUGCUUCUUCGUCAACGACACCAGCUGCAUCUGCCGCGCCUCAGGAUCCUUAUGGAGAGUUGAUUCCGUUUGCCGAUCCGUCGUGGUACCAAGGAUAUUCCUCGCCUUACUUCAAUGAGACACAUGCCGCUCUGCGUGACGAGGUCCGACAGUGGGUCGAAUCCGAGAUCGAACCGAAUGUCACCGAAUGGGAUGAAGCCAAGGAUGUUCCGGCUCAUAUCUACAAGCAGAUGGGUGAGCGCGGCUACCUGGCGGGUCUGCUGGGUGGCAAGUUCCCCGAGAAGCACACUCAGUUCCGAGUACAGUCGGUGCCGGCAGACCGCUGGGACUUGUUCCACGAAAUGCUGUUGACCGAUGAGCUGUCGCGCGCGGGCAGCGGUGGGCUGGUCUGGAACUUGAUCGGUGGCUAUGGGAUUGGCUGCCCGCCGCUGGUGAAGUUUGGCAAGAAGGAACUCGUCGACCGUAUCUUGCCUGGUAUCUUGGCCGGUGACAAGCGGAUUUGUCUGGCUAUUACCGAGCCGGAUGCGGGCAGUGACGUUGCCAGCUUGGGUUGCGAGGCUAAACUCAGCGAGGACGGCAAACACUACAUCGUCAACGGCGAGAAAAAGUGGAUCACUAACGGCGUCUACGCUGAUUACUUCACGACCGCUGUUCGAACCGGCAAGCCCGGCAUGAACGGCCUCAGCGUUCUCCUCAUUGAGCGGGAGGCAGGUGGCGUCAGCACUCGGCGCAUGGACUGCCAAGGUGUCUGGAGUAGUGGCACAACAUAUGUCACGUUCGAGGACGUCAAGGUGCCUGUGGAGAACCUGAUCGGCAAGGAGCACCAGGGUUUCAAGGUGAUCAUGACAAACUUCAACCACGAGCGUAUUGGAAUUGUCAUCCAGUGUGUGCGAUUUGCCCGAGUCUGCUACGAAGAGUCGAUGAAGUACGCCCACAAGCGUAAGACCUUCGGCAAGCGCCUUAUCGACCACCCGGUUAUCCGAAUGAAGCUGGCCCACAUGGCUCGCCAGAUCGAAGCCACAUAUAACUGGCUGGAGAACAUUAUCUUCCAGUGCCAGUCGAUGGAAGAGACCGAGGCUAUGCUCAAGCUAGGUGGUGCCAUUGCCGGCCUUAAGGCCCAGUCUACCUCCACUUUCGAGUUCUGUGCCCGGGAAGCUAGCCAGAUCUUUGGUGGUCUGAGUUACAGCCGUGGUGGCCAGGGUGGCAAGAUUGAGCGCCUCUACCGUGAUGUUCGUGCUUAUGCCAUUCCUGGUGGCAGCGAAGAGAUCAUGCUGGACCUGAGCAUGCGCCAGAGCUUGCGGGUACACCAAAUGUUUGGCAUGAAGCUGUAG